AUGAUAAUGAUAUUUAAAUAUUUUAUAAAAAUAUUUUUAAAAAAAGGUAAAUUUAAUAAAAGUAUAAAAUUAUUAAUAUAUAUAUUAUAUUUAUUAAAAAAAAUAACUAAUAAAUUAAGUAUAUUUAUUUUUAAUAAGGCUAUAAAAAAUUUAUUAUUACCUUUUUCAUUUUAUAAAAUAAAAAUUAAUACUAAUAAAUAUAAUAUACCUAUAAUUAUAACAUAUGAACAAUCUAUAUUUAAUGUAUAUAAAUUAUUUAAUAAAAUAAUAAAAAAUAAAGAUUUAUUAUUAUAUAAAGUUAUUUGUAAGUAUUUAAUUUUAAGUUAUAAUAAAGAAGGUGAUUUAUAUAAAAUUAAAUUAAAUUUAAUAAAACAAUUUAUAUCUAAUAGGGCAUAUAUAUAUUUAUUAGAUAAAAAAAAAUAA